AUGGCUACUAAGAGGAAACCAAUUCAUUCGAGCCCGCGGAUGAAUUUUCGGCCAAAUAUUGGUGAAAAUGCAGAAGCCAAAGGAACAAAACCAACAGCACCUCCAACUUCUAUGUCUGAAGUGUUAAAUUUAAUAAUAUUACAUCAGUGUAGAAGAGUUAUAUUUUAUAAUGUGAAUCUUAAAGUUGGUAUAUACUUAGCAGCAGUGUUCAUUAUUUCUUUAAUAACGGAUCAUGCUUCAAUACCAAGGACCUACUUCUCUAGGUCUAAUAAUAUUUUUAACUUAUAUUUCGUUAAAAUAGGCUGGCUGUGGACAUUGUUACUAACAGUACCCUUUAUACUCUUAACCGCAUAUACUUAUUGUUGUGGUAAUAGAAAACAAAUAAUGAAGAAUCACUUAUUAAGACUUGGCAUAGCCACUGUAUUCUGGCUGUUUUUUACCAAAUCUUUUAAUUACAUUGAAGUACAAUAUGGAUAUUGCAAAGUAAAAGGUUUCCUUACAAAGUCUACAUGUUUAAGGAGUGGGCACGUUUGGAAUGGAUUUGAUAUAAGUGGACACACAUUUUUACUUAUAUAUUCCAGUUUAAUACUUAUGGAAGAAGCUAAAGCGAUUAUUGGCUGGGAAAGUAUUAGAGAUCAUAUUAGAAAUGAGGAACAUUUCAGAGCGCAGCAACAACUUCAAGUAAGCUCAAAUCCACUGAGAUAUUUGAAUGAUAAUGAGCUCUACACCUUAAAAACAUCGUAUAAUAAAGUAACACCUUAUAUCCGAUUAUUGUUCAUAUCAAUGACAAUGUUACUUGUACUAUGGGAUGUAAUGUUAGUUUCCACAAUGCUUUAUUUCCAUAUAAUGAUUGAAAAAUUUGUGGCAGCGUGUCUGGCUAUUUUGGUAUGGUAUUUUACUUACAGAUAUUGGUUUGCGCAAACCAAAUUGCUACCAUCCAUGCCAGGAAAUGGUGCAUUCAAGUAUCAACAAAUUAAAAAACAAAUGCCUACGGUAAAUAGAAAAGCGUCGAUGACAAAUUCUUCAAAUGGUAAGGCUAUUCCUAAAUUUAUGGGAAUGCCAUUAUAUGUACCAAGAAACAUUGACGAUAAAUGUAACAAUAGUACAAAUGAAUUAAAUGUGCAAUAG